AACCCUAGUUGGUGGACCUGAAGGACAUCUCCAUAAUGAAUAUACAUAAAAAUCUAUACUUACCGAUUGGCUUAAAACCGCGGCAUACGUGGCGAUGUUACGUGCUUGAAGAGCAUCCCGGACUUUUGAUUAUACGUAAUCCAUUUACAUCCAGAGGACAGCGUUAUUGGAUAGCUCGAAGCCUUCGUGAUUAUCCGCUACCACCCAAUAUAGUGAACUUGGAUGCAAAACAUUUUCCGUCUAAGACAAUAGCUGACUGGUGGGGAGAGUUACAUAACUGUACUGACCCAAAUGUCACUCACCGUCUUAAGACUGCGAUGCGCUGGACCACUUUAGGGUACCAUCAUAACUGGGAUACUAAGAUUUACGAUACAACGAUCCACACUUUGUUCCCAAGUGAUUUAGAUAGUUUGUCCAAAUAUUUUGCUCUUGCUCUAGGUUUUCCGAGUUUUAUUCCACAAGCCGCAAUUAUUAAUUACUAUCCUAUUGGAACUUCUUUAUCUGGACACACCGAUCACUCCGAGAUGAAUCAUGAAGCACCGCUAUUCUCAUACAGUUUCGGCCAAACUGCUAUAUUUCUAAUAGGACACCGUUCACUAGAAGAAGAACCUAGUGCUCUGUAUCUCAGGAGUGGAGAUGUUUUAGUUAUGUCAAAGGAAUCCCGACUCUGCUAUCAUGCCGUUCCGCGCAUUUUGAAAGCUUUUGAAGAUCCUUGGAACAAUUUUUUUUCAAAUCCUCGAGAAAAGUUUGGGGACACAUUUACUACUUCAAUGAAUUUAACAUUAUUCGAACAAGUCAAUGACGAAUUAUUUUGGAAGCCGUUUGACCGUUACGUCAGUGAUUGUCGCAUAAAUAUUAAUAUUCGUCAGGUCUACCAUUCAGAUUGUUAACAUUAUUAUAUAAUAUGUGCUUGU